AUGCAAAGAAUCAUUUUCUUACUUCUGACUUUCACUGUUUCAACCGGUGGCCUAUUCUAUGGAACUACAGAUCUACCUGAUGGUGAUGCUGAAAUGUUCUGCUCCAUACAAGCUGGUUUCGAUAUUGGACGAGAUCUACCCGAAGAAUGGACUUGGAACUACUCUCAAAUACCGAAAGGGCAAUGGUUUCGGAUGCAUGGUCAAAUUCGUCGUAUGUCUUAUGAUGCACCGGAUUCAGUUCUUCGUCGUGAUGAUCCUCAACGGCAAGGCAAUUGUUAUUUUCAAAUAGAAUCGAAUACGAUGACGGAAUACAUUCAAAAUAUUCCAUUUCCACGAGCUACUGCGAUGAAAUGGUACGACGAGCACAAUCGAUUAAUGAAUUCGACUAGUAUUCAAUCGAAUAACCAAAUCGAUUCAGACAAUGUUUCUCGAUUGAAUGAAGCGAAACUUGGAAAAAUUGUGCAAGAUGCCCAGACAAUGUUAAUUCGAAUCAAAACGAACCCGUUGGUUUCGAAAUCAGAACCAAUGUCGUAUUCAAUUGAUAUGAUUCACGUGGUUUUCUUUCCGGACCAUAUUUUCGGCAAUGGACGACCGUCAAAAUGA